AUGGAAUGGGGCUCAUAUCUCCAGGGAUUUUCGGAAGUGAAUCUAAAAACGUUUGGAAGUUUUAUGUCCAGUGUAGUGAAAGCAGUGAGCAAAGUGACCGUGUACGCCAGCAGCAGUGUAAGACCGAGUGCUCCAACGAAGAACAAUUCUAGGGCAAGAGGAAAUAUCAUUGCGCACCACAGUGAACCUAAAAUCAGAGCCGAAAUCAACGCGGUGGAAGCCAAGGCGUGUCUGGCUUGCAAGAAAAUUGGUCAUCGUAUCCAGGAAUGCCAAGCGUUCAAAUCUCUCUCGGUGGAUGGACGUUGGAAGUUUGUACAAUCCAGUGCACUUUGCAGAAAUUGUUUGAACUCUCACGGCAGAAGAAGUUGUAGAAAAACCAGCACCUGCGGUACAAAUGGUUGUGAUUUUCGCCAUCAUCCACUGCUACACUCGUCGCGCGGCAGUUCGGUUGUGAAGACACCAUCAGUGAUGAACAUUGCGGAGAACCAGACUCACCGACAAGUGAAACAGUCCCUGCUCUUUAGGAUUGUGCCGGUUACCUUGCAUGGACCAAAAGGGAAAGUGAAUACCUUCGCCUUUCUCGACGAUGGGUCGUCCUUGACACUUAUUGAGGAUAGCCUGGCGAAGAAACUUGGUGUUAAUGGUGUUAAGGCGCCACUAUGUUUGCUGUGGACGGGGAAUAUGACUAGAACGGAGAACGAUUCGAAGCAGUUGUCGUUAAUCGUUUCGUCGACUGAUGGGAGAAAGUAUUCACUGGAAGAAGUUCAAACCGUUAAGGAGCUAUCAUUACCUACGCAAACACUUUCGUACGAUCAGCUGUCGAAGCAGUACGGCCAUCUCAAGGGACUGCCGGUGGCGAGCUACACCAAAGCAGUUCCAAAACUACUGAUCGGAGUUAACAACCUGGAGUUGAUAGUCCCAUUGAAGACGCGCGAAGGAAUUAGACGCGAACCAGUGGCUGUGAAAACAAGAUUAGGUUGGUGUAUAUAUGGUGGUUCAGCGGACUACAGUCAGAUGGCGUCGAUCAACUACCAUGCCUGUGGGUGUGUCGCCGAUCAAACGCUGCACGAUCUCGUCAAAGAUUUCUUCACCACGGACGAAGUUGGAGCGAAACCAGUAGCACCACUUGUGUCGGAUGAAGAGAAGCGUGCACAACGAAUACUAGAGGAGUCAACUGUCCGGGUAGGCCACCACUUCGAGACCGGCCUUCUGUGGAAAUUCGACCACAUAGAGCUCCCCGAAAGCUAUAACAUGGCUCUGCGGCGGCUUGAGUGCCUGGAAAGACGUAUGAACCGGAAUCCAGAACUGAAGGAAGCAUUACAACAACAACUGGAAGACUACCAACAGAAAGGCUACGCCCAUCGCCCAACCAAAGAAGAACUAGCUAACGGCGACAUGCGCCGUGUGUGA